AUGAAGUUCUCUGCCUUGUUCACUCUGGGUCUGGCCACCACCGCCCUGGCCACUCCCACCAUCGUCCAGCGUGAUGCCACCGCCGUCAAGGGCGUCAUCUCCGACAUCAGCGACAAGGUCGACUCGCUGUCCUCCGCCAUCGACGGCUACAGCGGUGGUGACCCCUCCAAGGUCGAGUCCGCCUCCGCGGACCUGAUCUCCACCAUCAAGAAGGGUGUCUCGACCGUCGAGGGCGGUGACAAGCUCACCUCCACUGAUGCCCUGGCCCUGACCUCCCCCGUUCAGGACCUGACCGACAAGGUCGACUCCACCGUCGACAAGAUCAUCGACAAGAAGUCCAAGUUCGAGUCCGCUGGCGCCGCCACCAAGGUCAAGGAGUCGCUCAACGCCCAGUAUGACGCCGCCGACGGCCUGGCCAAGGCCAUCUCCGACAAGGUCCCCGAGGCCCUGUCCGACGUUGCCAAGGAGCUCUCCGCUGGCAUCACCAAGGCCAUCCAGAAGGGUGUUGACGCCUACAAGGACGCCAAGGACUCCUCGUCCACCAAGAGCGCCUCUGCCACUGAAACUGCCACUGCCACCAAGACCGGCCAGGACACUGCCACCCAGUCUGGCACCGAGCCUGCCACCAACUCUGGGGCUUCCACCUCCGCCCCCGUCAUCCCUCACCCCACCGACUCCGGCGCUGCCAGCUCCUCUGCCACCCCUACUCCUAGCGGUGGCUCUGGCUCCGGCGGCUCCGGCUCUACCGGAUCCCAGUCCGGUCAGCCCCCUCUGGCUACCGGUGCUGCCAGCAACAACCGCUUCAGCUACACCCUCGGUGGCGCUAUUGCUGCUGCUGCCAUUGCUGUUGCCGUCUAA